UUGUCGGAGCUGUUUUGCAACGAUGGAUAACGCAAAUACAAAUGAAUCAAAUGAGAACGUAAAUGAAAACGAUUGGGUCUUAAUAAACAAGACAGCUCUACAAGUCCGAAAUAAUGAAACUGUUCCGUUACCAGAGAUGCAGAAGGAUUUAUCUAACAAGAACCGGAUAAUAGAGAUAUCAAAUAGUUGCAUUGGAGUAUUAUGCGAAAAUAUAGAUUCAGACGACACAUCUAAUGAUGUAUCUGUCAUAACAGAGAGUGAUGCAGAUGCUUCUAAUCAAGACUUUUCAACUUACCAGGAUGAGAACAAAAUAUAUAAAUCUGAGAAUAUCGUUGACAAAAUCCUCCAUCAGGGUCAACAAUUGCAAAAUGAUGUAACAAAGAGUAAUGCAUAUGCUUUUAGUAAAAAUUUCAUUUCAUCUUUACUAGAUUACAAUAUAAGAUCUGACUAUUGGGAUAACAAAAACGUUUCUCAGUUAUGUGAACCAAAUAAUAACGAGGUAUUUAACAUGGUUAGAUAUAUUUUAUUUGGGUGUAUGAUUGGCAUUUUUUUGAGUCACUUCACUUUUUGGCCAACCAAUGAUGAGAACAUUGAUAUUGUUGGAAUUAAAGACCUCCAAACUGAAUGUCACAAUAUUAUUAAUACCUUUAAGGAAGUGAAUGCAACCCUAAAUGAAAUUAAAGUACACAUCUUAACUGAGAAUAAACUUAACAAAGAUUAUACUUGGCAACUUCUGAAAAGUAUUAAUUAUCCUAAUAAAAUGAAUAAUAAACCUAUUAUGGAGUCUCUUAAUAAUGGUCCACAUCUGUUGGAUCAUCUUCAAGAAUCUCUAAAUGUAUUAUCAUUGCUGAGUAACGAUAUGAUUUAUGCCAGCAAUGACCUGUUGAAAAAUAAGAUAAAUAAAACGCUAGAUGUCGUGGACGAUACAAAAAUAUUUUAUGAAACUUUAGUAUCGUUUAAUGAUAGCAGACAAAGUAUGAACGUUUCUGCUGUCGUACAAUUUUUACAAGAUGCUAUUAAUAAAAUACAUCAUACCUCUCGUUCACUUCUCACUGAUUUGGUAAAGAAACUAAGCAACAUAAUGGUGAAUGUACAUAACAAGUAUAAUAAAAUGAGGCACAAAUUAAUUAAAAAACUGUGCUAUUUGAAAAAUGUGUUACCUGGCGAUAGCAAAUUCUUAGAUCAGUUAACUGAAAAGAGUCAGUUCUUGAGUAAUUACGACAAGUAUUGUUCCCGGAAAAAUGCAUCAAUAAAGUUGAAUGGCAAAACAAGUAAGAAAGAAAAUACAAGGACAAAUGAAAAUAUUAAAAGGCAACCCGAGAAAACUAAUGAUUCAAUAUCGCAUACCAAAUUGGAGACAGGGGAUACUCAAACAAUUGACAUUGAAAUAUACUGUGAUAAAGUAACAAAUGAUCAUUCGCAGCCUACCCAAACAGGUCAGUGUACAGAUGAAACACUGAACAAUAAUGUGGACAGGAUUACUGAUGAACCAAACAUAAGAGCUGCAUCAGAUUAUGGAAAAAUUACCGCAGAUAAAACCAAAGUAAAAGGACCAAAGAUAAAUAAUAAUUUCAAAUCAAAUGAUUCUACCAGAAAAGUUUUUAAUACUGAUAAGCCGAUUAAAGAAAAGUACAUAUCGCCCCGGAUUAAAACGAGAAUACACGCACCAAAGACGGACAAAGACCAUUAUAAACAUUCGUCUAAAGACGAGUCAGCAGACCAAGAUCACCAUCAGAUAAAAAGUGCGGAUUGGUUGUUCGAAAGGUCUAAUGAGCGGCAGAAACUACGACAGGCCUCGAACGCGUAUUCGACAAAAGUCCCGAAAGAUUCUAAGUACGAAGUCAAUUUUAAUGCAGCUAUAGAUAAUAUGAUACAAACAUUUGGAAAGAGUAUCGAUAAAGCUAUGCGUUUUUUUAAACGCAAGGUAGAGGAUAUUCUAAGACGCGAUGUCUUAAAAGAGAAGUAGCAUGACAUUAAUUAUAUAUCACACACAUGCGUACACAAUUAUAGUAUAUAUAUAUACUAUAAUUAUGUAUAUUAUUAUUAUUUAUAUUCUCAGUAAACACCAACUCAAUCAGUAACGUAAUAUAAAUUUUAAUUAAUUAAUAAUUUCUCACUCAACAAUGUACAGCUGUCACAUAACGCACGCAUUAUAUUGCAUUUAUAUUGUUGAGUGGGAAAUUAUUAACAUUGAUGUUACGUCAGUUGGUGUUUACUGGGUUAAUACAUAUUAAUAUAUUUUUUACGUUACAUUUUACUUAUAUGAUCUCUUUUUCCUAAGGCUUUUUUAUACGAUAGUGUAACGGUAAGAAAAAUUAACAAAUAUGCGCAGAAAUCCAAUGUGUGUUUGUGAUAUCUUAUUUGUUGUACAAUUAGUUUUAACGUUGCUUUACAAAAAUAAAGAAAAUUCGUUACGUGUAGUACAAUGCGAAGCCGUCGAAUCUAUAUGGCUUAUUUCUCGUGACUUUUACAUUGAAUCUUAUCUGCCACGAGAGAAGGCAACGUAGAUAGAAUUAUUGCAGUUUUAAUUUGUCGAAAUGGGAAGAAUGUACGCAACGUACGCAAGCCAUAACGAGACGAUCCCUAUCGAUGAUAAAAACUGUGAUUCAAGUGAUCUGUGUAAUAGUAUUAUUUUAAGAUAACAAGAGUAAUUCCGUAGAUAUCGCUAAUGAAACGUAACGCUAUAUGUUUUCAUUGACAAUUCUGAGAAAAAUAUAUAUUUUUGUGAACCUA